CGUAUCGUUUUACCACCAGCAACUAGCAACAUCGCCGAAUACAGCAGCAACAUGUCGUCCAGUGAGAUCUAUCGCUACUACUACAAGACCUCCGAGGACUUGCAGGGCUUCAAGACAGCCGCCACCGCCGAGACGUACUUCAAUCCCAUGGCCGCCUACAAUCCCGGGGUGACCCACUAUCAGUUCAAUGGCAACACCUUGGCCAGCAGCAGCAACUAUCUGUCGGCCAAUGGGUUCAUCAGCUUCGAGCAGGCCAGUUCCGAUGGCUGGAUCACCUCCUCGCCGGCCAGCCACCGAUCCGAGAGUCCCGAGUAUGUGGAUCUGAAUGCCAUGUACAAUGGGGCCAACAUGGUCCAGAAUCAGCAAUAUGGAAUGGUGAUGGAGCAGGCUGUGGUUCCAGUAGCUCCUGCCGCUCCAGCAGUGGCUUCUCCUCCGGCCGUCGAGGUCAUGGGCUCCUCCAAUGUGGGCACUUGCAAGACGUUGCCAGCUCCAGUUGCUCCCAAGCCCAAGCGCAGCUAUACCAAGAAGAAUCAGACUGCCACCACCUCACCGAUCUCAACUCAGGAGCCAGCUCAAGUCAAUCUCUACACCGAGGAGUUCCAGAACUUUGACUUUGACAACUCCGCCCUGUUCGACGACAGCGUGGAAGAUGAUGAUGACCUUAUGCUCUUCAGCGGCGGCGAGGUUGAGGGCAACGAUGGAUCCUUCGAUCUGGCCGAUGGUGAGAAUCAGGAGGGCUCUGCCGGAGGCUCGGGAAAGAAGAGGCGUGGCAAGCAGAUUACGCCCGUGGUGAAGAGGAAGCGCCGCCUGGCGGCCAAUGCCCGCGAACGUCGCCGGAUGCAGAACCUCAACCAGGCCUUCGACCGACUCCGCCAGUACCUUCCCUGCCUGGGAAACGAUCGCCAGCUGUCCAAGCACGAGACCCUCCAAAUGGCCCAGACCUACAUCUCCGCUCUCGGGGAUCUGUUGCGCUAGUAUCCCUACCAUAAAGACCAUUCUCAGUUAUUGUUGGAGCUUGCCAAAUGUUGUACCUACUCUGUAUAUAUAGCCAGAAGCCCAGUAGUGAAUUACCGACUAAGUAUUAUGCUGUUUAUUGUUUAGUUAAUUAGCCUAAAUGGAAGACAAUGAUUAAG